AUGAGUUUUGAACCAUAUUAAGAAACCAAAAAGACAGUAAAAGUGGCUCCAGUUAGAAUUGUUCAGAAUUAGCAUGAAUAGAAUGGCUCUUAACCUCAAAUGGCUAAAUAUCCAUAACUUAAUUUAUAAUUCUAAUUUUAAAAAUGCUUCACUCCAGCUGUCACAAUACCCUUAAGCUUUUUAUAAUAGCUUAUCUAAUAAGCGCAGUCUAACAAAAUUCUGAAUUAAAUUGGGGAAAACAAAAUUGUUAAGCAGUAAUAGUCAGAGGCUGUCAAUAAUCUCAUUACUUAAAUACAAUUUCAAAAACAAGGAAUCUCAAAGUCCCAAGAUAGUAACGAAGACUCUCUAAUUAAGUUAUAUUUAAUUAAAAGUCAAAUGCAAUUUAUUACUGAAGAUACAACGUCAAUCGAAAAGGUAAAACUAUAUUUUGCAGACAACCAAAAUUUACUGCCUCAUUUCUGGGCAUGGAUCAAUUCAAUAGAACUUAAAGCCUUAGAGGAAAUGCUUAUGUUGUGCUAUGCCAAUCCCUCAAACACUAAAAGAAUUUAAGAUAUUUUCAAAUCUCUUUUUUAAACUUUGUCAAUUGAAUUUUUUUAGAAACAUGCUUAUGCACAAAUUUUGAGAUCAAAUCUACAAGACAAAAUUAAGUAUCUCUCAAUUAUAGGCGAUAUUUUGAGUAAAAUAGUGAACCCUUAGGAUUAUUUCUAUUUUAACAAGUAGUGA